ACAGUUAAAAGUAUUGCUUAAUUUGAUGAGAAAUUGAGAAGGAAAGGUUUAAGGCACUUGGUAAAUCAUCAUAAUCGUAUUUGAGCAAAGAAGCGAAUUCAGCGUGUUUGCGAUGUGGAGUUCGAGCAGAGUCUCCGAGGCCGAAGAGGAGAAGCAGAGUGAAUCUUGUUCCUUCUCAACUUCUCUCUUCAAUUUCUCUUCCGGCAACCCUAGAAUCGAAGAAACUCGCGGCCUCAUGCACGUCUUCCCCGAAGACACUCCUUCUUCUCUUCCGGUUGGACGGAAACCGUUGGCGUGUGUUGUGGGAGUUCCUAAUCACAUGACUUAUGCGGAUUUCUGCCAAUUCUGUGGUUCGUUUAUUCAUCAUAUUCUUGAGAUGCGUAUUGUGAGGAUGGAUUUUAUGGAAGAUCGUUACAGUGUUUUAAUUCGAUUCGAUCAACAACACUCUACAGACGCUUUCUACAAUCACUACAAUGGUCGACGUUUCUCGUCUCUCGAGGAUGAGAUGUGCCGAGUUGUUUUCACGUUAGAUGUGCAGUACACUGGGUCAAUUGAACAUGCACAACCAUCCAAUGCUACUUCAACUGAACAACCUACAUGUCCAGUUUGCCUUGAGCGAUUAGAUCAAGAUACGAGUGGAAUUCUUACAACCAUAUGCAAUCAUUCUUUCCAUUCUUCCUGUAUUUCAAAAUGGGCAGAUUCUUCUUGUCCUGUAUGCCGCUAUUGCCAACAGCAAGCUGAAAAAUCUAUAUGUUUCGUUUGUCAAACCACUGAGAACCUUUGGAUAUGUGUUAUAUGUGGGUUUGUUGGCUGUGGGAGAUAUAAAGGAGGGCAUGCCAUAAUACACUGGAAAGAGACACAACAUUGCUAUUCCUUAGAAGUGGAAACUAAGCGUGUUUGGGAUUAUGUAGGAGACAACUACGUUCAUAGACUUAUUCAGUCCAAAACUGAUGGGAAGUUAGUUGAGCUGAACGCUCACUGUGUGCACGAAGACAGUGGAUGUGGAAGUUGCAGUUGUGGAGAUAAUGUCAUGAGAGAGGCUAUGCUUAAUAGUAAAGUCGAAGCUAUUGUCAAUGAGUACAAUGAAUUGCUUGCUACUCAACUUGAAAACCAAAAAUUAUAUUUUGAAUCCUUAUUACAACAAGUAGAACAAGAAACUGAAAGAAAAAUUUCCGUAGCUGCUCAGAAGGCUGUCAGUCUCAAACAGCAGAAGAUUCAGUCCAAGAUUGAUAGGUGUAACAAAGAGAAGAAAUUUCUGGAUGAGCUUAACGAAAAUCUUUUGAAAAAUGAGGAGAUCUGGAAAGCCAAGAUACUUGAGAUCGAAGAGAGGGAGAAAAAGGCUUUAAGGCUUACUAAUGGUAAGAUAAUGGCCCUAGAAAAACAGCUUAGUGAUCUCAUGGUUUGUCUUGAGGGCGGGGAGACGGUAGAACAGCUGCCAACGUUGUCAAAUAAUACAAAUGGUGGAACCAUCCCUAACAUUUCAAAAGGAUCGUCGUCAACUUGUAGCUCUUAGCUGCAAAGAAAAGCAUGAUAGAAAAAUGAAUCGUUUCUUAGACUUUGUUUAGAGUUUAAAGGGAAAGGGAAAGUGAAAGUGAAAGGAGACACGCCCCUGGCAGUUAGAGGGAACUUGAAAAAUAAGUAAAGGGGAUUUUUUUUUUUUCCAAUCCCUUGUUUUGGAAUGUGUUCCCAUACAAACAAGGAAAGAGUUUAUCACAGUUCUUACCCUUCUCCCUUUUCUGCUCUUAAACAAGUAUUUUGCUUAGGUUGACCUGCACCACUGAUAUAUUAACAAGUUUCCACCUAUUUUUUUGUUAAGUAUAAAUUAAUUUGUGAUGUUUGUAAAUAAAUUCAUAGAAAAAUAUGUGUAUCAUACACUACUAUAUAUAAGCAUCUGGCAGGCACUAAAGAUAUUCCAGUCGGAAAAUCCCAUCCUCUAUGUAUAAUCUCUUGUUGCAAUUAAUGUUGAAAAUGUCCGUGAAA